CAUCUCCAAUAGGCCAAUCCCAAGUUUCUUCCACUGGGGAAGAAAGGAGAAUUUCCGGGAAAUCAUCUCCAAGAGGGCAAACCCAAGAUUCCCCCAAUGGGGAAGAAAGGAGGAUUUCCGAGAAAUCAUCUCCAAGAGGCCAAUCACAAGCUUCUUUCACUGGGGAAGAAAAGAGGAUUUCCGAGAAAUCAUCUCCAAUAGGCGAAUGCCAAGUUUCUUCCACUGGGGAAGAAAAGAGGAUUUCUGAAAAAUCAUCUCCAAGAGGACAAUCCCAAGAUUCUACCAGUCGGGAAGAAAGAAGGAAUUCAGAGAAAUCAUCUCCAAAGCGUCAGUCCCAAGUAUCUGCCAGUGGGGAGGAAAGACGGAUGUCAGAGAACUCAUCUGCAAGGUAUCAAUCCCAAGUUUCUGACAAGUAUGAAGGAACAAGUAAUGAAGCAAAGAGGGCUUCAACAAAAUCUUCAAAAGAUCCAUCUAAUAGUAAUUUCAAUGAAGAGCCCAAGACCGAUGAUUUUCGUUUUAAUGAUAUCGCAGUUGAACAGAAAGCUUUGCUGCAUCAGGAUGUCAACAACGCAGGAUUACAAGAAUUUGGUCUAAAUCAAAAUAAUGAAGAUUCAGGGAACAAUUCAGGGCAAGCAAAGAUCAAAACUCGCGUUUAUAAAUCAACCGAGGAAGAGAAAGUCGAUGCAGAUGGAACUCGAGCUAACUCCCUAUAUGUUGACUCCUUAUCUGAAAUGGAAUUGGCGGACAAUAACAAUGCUGAGCUCCAGACAGAAGAGAGCGAAGAAGCUGAAGAUGUCGCCCAGCUUAACAACUGCUUCAGGGGACCGCAGUGGACGAAUGCCUGCGGCUAUUGUUGUUCCGGCUAUUGGCGAAUGUGCAAUAUGCGGGGCUACAAUAACCGCAUGAAUUUUCCAGGGGUAUCCAACUGCAAUGGACAGUGUUGUUCGUACAACUGCUGUCGUCCCCGACAGCGUUAAAGACUCUCCUGCAGCUUGGCAGUGCCAGCAGGAGUUGGCAUUUAAAUAGCCUCGGCACACAGCAAAACAAUAAAUAUUUGCCUAGCAACA